AUGUUAGGGUGUAAACCUGCAACUACACCGAUCGACCAGAAGUUCAAGCUGGUAGGGUGUAAACCUGCAACUACACCGAUCGACCAGAAGUUCAAGCUGGGUGCUGAAGCUGGAGAACCAGAUGACCAUGACAGAUACCAAAGGCUGGUGGGCAGGUUGAUCUAUCUGAGUCACACACGUCCCGAUAUCUCUUUUGCAGUGAGCAUGGUGAGCCGCUACAUGCAUGAUCCGAGGAAGGGUCAUAUAGACGCUGUGUACCAUAUUCUGAGAUAUAUGAAGAGUACCCCUGGAAAGGGGCUGAUAUUCAGAAAGAGUGGACAUAUGAGCAUCGAGGGUUAUUGCAACUUUGAUUGGGCUAGCUGUGCUGAUGACAGGAGGUCCACUUCGGGAUACUGCAUCUUUAUAGGAGGCAACUUAGUCUCAUGGAAGAGCAAUAAGCAGUCAGUGGUGGCGAGAUCAACAGCUGAGGCAGAGUAUAGAGCUAUGGCCUUAGGAGUUGCUGAGUUGUUAUGA